AUUUUUCUGGUGAGGGAGGUCACGUGGUAGCUUGAGGCUCGACUCGAAUCCCGGCGUCGAGCGUCAGACUGAAUAAAAAAGCGUCAGCUAAACGAGCUAAACGAUCAUACGACAUACGACAUAUACGAUGGCAGCCGGUCCGAUUGCAGAACGCAAUCAAGAUGCGACGAUUUACGUGGGUGGUUUGGAUGAUAAAGUCACAGAAUCUCUUAUGUGGGAGUUAUUCGUGCAGUCCGGUCCAGUCGUAAAUGUACACAUGCCAAAGGAUCGUGUGACUCAGAUGCACCAAGGUUACGGCUUUGUGGAAUUCAUGGGAGAGGAAGAUGCAGAUUACGCGAUAAAAAUAAUGAACAUGAUAAAGUUAUAUGGAAAGCCAAUCAGGGUGAACAAAGCCAGCGCCCAUCAGAAGAAUUUGGAUGUAGGGGCUAACAUUUUUAUUGGAAACUUGGAUCCAGAAGUGGAUGAAAAGUUGUUGUACGAUACAUUUAGCGCAUUCGGGGUGAUCCUUCAAACGCCAAAGAUUAUGAGGGAUCCGGAGACAGGAAAUUCCAAAGGUUUUGCAUUCAUCAACUUUGCUUCUUUCGACGCAUCGGAUGCCAGUAUCGAAGCUAUGAACGGUCAAUAUCUGUGCAACAGGCCAAUUUCCGUGUCAUACGCGUUCAAGAGGGAUGCCAAAGGUGAACGACACGGAAGCGCAGCCGAAAGGCUUUUGGCUGCUCAAAACCCGUUGAGCCAAGCCGACAGACCUCAUCAAUUAUUCGCAGACGCUCCGCCGUUGACUCCAAUGUCCAUGCCCAACUCGAACAUGGUCCAUGCGCAGCAUCAUCCUCAACAUCAUGUGAUGCAUCACGGAAUGGUUGUGCCACCGCCGCCUCCGCCAGCAACGCCGGCACCUCCCAUGGGUCAUCCGCCGCCACCUCCGGUUCCUCCACCUCCUAGCGGUGGCUUUGCGCCCUCCAAUAUUCCACCUCCUCCUUUGCCUCCUAUGUCCAUGUCCUCGCAUCCACCAUUGCCACCCGGUAUGCCACCUCCUCUGCCACCGAUGCCCGUUCCCGGCUCACAAAAUCAAGGCCAUCGCAUGAUUCCACCUCCCCCGCAUUGGGGCCAUCCGCAAGGACAAUUCCCACCUCCUCCACCUCCAAAUUCUGUCGGCGGUGCUCCUCCCUUCGGACAGUAUCAACCACCGCCGAGGCCACCACCGGGAUGGAGACAUCCCCCUCCUCCCCCUGUUUCACAAACCGGCCCUCCGCCACCACCUCCUCCACAAUUCCGGGCACCUUUCCCACCCAGAGGUCCUCCACCUCCGCCACCUCCUCACGAAAACCCUCAGUAUUAGUAUUAAAUUUUGUUUCUUGUCGUUCCGUCGACGCGCUCAAGCAACUCGUUGUACAAACAUUCUUGUUCCCGUUCGAUGGACACUGUCCAAGAGCCCCCCUUUGAUUCCUCUUUUUAUAAAAAUGAGUGGGAAUAUUGGGCGCAUCAAUCUUCGAGCUAGAUAUAUACUCAAAACGUGAGUUUUUUUCCUUACAAGGAAACUGUGUGGCUUGCCUGGAUUUUAUUUGUUUCCGGUCAAACUCAAAUACAGUCAUCAUUUCUUUUCUACGUGUAAACAAAACUGAAAUACAUUGUAUCUUAUUUAA